CGGGCGCGCUGGGGCUGCCUCAGGGGUGGGUUUAGCGGCUGCGAUCCCGGCUCGGCGGGCACCGCUGAGGAAAAUGGCGCUAAAGAGCGCCGGGGCCCGCCGGGAUCGGUGCGAGCGUUCGGUGCCCGGCGAGGCCGGGCCUGCACCGGGCCGUCCCAGGCUGGCGCCGCUGUCACGAAGUGUCACCGAGGCCCGCUCCGAUUGCAGCGCUCGGAGUCUGCCGUGGCGCUCGGCCCGGGCUAUUGAGGAGGAAGGAGGGAAUCCUGAUGAAAUUCCAGUGGUUUCAGAAAAUAUCAUGAAGAAAACUCCCAAAAGAAGCAGCAAAGGACGUAGACCAGACGAAGAGGGAGUGGAAGAUAAUGGCCUGGAGGAGGAUUCUGGAGAUGGACAGGACGAUAUUGAAGCAAGUUUGGAUAACUUGCAGGAUAUUGACAUGAUGGAUAUUAGUGUGUUAGAUGAAGCUGAAAUAGAUAAUGGCAAUGCAGUAGAUUGUGGAGAUGAUUACAGUGCCCAUAAUAUUCUUGACUCGCUGUCUGAUAGUAGAGAAAAUGCUGAUGCAGAAGUGAAAGAACUUCCAGAUCAGCCUACAGAGUAUGCUGUAGGUAACUUGGAGGCAUCCCCACAAUUUUCAGAAAUUAAAGAAGAAUCAAGAGAAAUACCAAUAGUGAUGGUAGAGUUUGAAGAUGUUGGGAACAGUUUAGAUGCUUCUUCAUCAGAUUUAACCGUAAUAAAGGAACUUGAAGAGUUACCUUUGGAGCCAGAAAAUGAGAAAAUACUCGACAUUUUGGGGGAAACUUGUAAAUCUGAGCUACUUAACGAAGAACCUCCCGAAGCGGAGCGGCCGCGUGCGCAGGAAGCCAGUAACGCGGGGCCAGGCAAGAGGCUGGCUGAGGAAGAGGACGCUCUCGCUGCCGCUCAGCUGGAGGAAGAUGCUUUAGCUUUGGACAGCAAAUCGGCCCAAGCUUUGGCAAGGAAGGAAGCAAAGCGUUUAGUGGUAGCAAAAGGGGAGACAAGUGAACAGAGCCCCGAGGAAGAGGCCCCGGACUCUGAAGGUGUAGUGGUAGAGACCCUAAGCGAUCAGAGUAGCAAACGCUCCCAAGGCCUGGAAGCCUCUAGUGGGGAGACAGCGGAGAAAGGCGCAGGUGCCGAAGCCAGAGAUAGCAAAGAAGAUGGCAAGAGAGCAGAAGACAAAGCUAAUUCAGAGGAAUCUUCCCCUGCCACUAAAGAGUCCUCAGCCAGUGAGGGCGGUGAUCAGAAAAAGAGCGCUGUUGAAGACAAAGAUGCAAAGGCAAUCGCAAAAGAUGAGAAAGGCCGUGUGGGGAGUGGUUCUGGCAGAAAUUUGUGGGUUAGUGGCCUUUCCUCCUCUACUAGGGCUACGGACUUGAAGAAUCUUUUCAGCAAGUAUGGAAAGGUGGUUGGUGCAAAAGUGGUGACAAAUGCUCGCAGUCCUGGUGCUCGCUGCUAUGGCUUUGUGACAAUGUCAACAUCUGAGGAGGCCACCAAGUGUAUUAAUCACCUCCACAGAACAGAGCUGCAUGGUAAAAUGAUUUCUGUGGAAAAGGCAAAAAAUGAACCAGCAGGAAAAAAGCCUUCGGACAAAAAGGAAGGUGAAACAAGGAAGGAAAAAGACAGGCACCAUUCUGCAGAGUCCAAAUCUGAGAAGUCUGUUGGUAUUAAGAAGGAGGAGAAGAUCGACAGAAAAGAUGAUGCUAAGAAAUCAGAAAAAGAUGAAAAAGAAGGAAAAGAAAAGGAUGAACAAAAGACUUCUGAUAGAUCCAGGGCAAGCAAAUCAGCAAGUCGAGGAACCGAAAGGACAGUGGUAAUGGAUAAAUCUAAAGGAGAGCCAGUUAUUAGUGUGAAAACCUCUGCAUCAAAAGAGAGGAGCACAAAAAGCCAGGACCGCAAAUCGGAGAGCAAAGAAAAGCAGGAUAUUUUAUCAUUUGAUAAAAUCAAGGAGCAGCGAGAACGGGAACGGCAGAGGCAGAGGGAGAGAGAAAUCAGGGAAACAGAGAGGCGACGAGAGAGAGAGAGAAGAGACCGGGAGCAGCGCCUGGCAGCCAUUCAUGAGCGGGAUGAGAGACAGAGGCUCCAGAGGGAGCGGGAACGGCUGGAAUUCCAAAGGCAGCGCCUGGACAGAGAACGCUUGGAGAGGGAGAGGUUGGAGAGGGAAAGGAUGCACAUAGAGCAGGAAAGGAGACGGGAACAGGAGCGAAUCCAGAGGGAGAGGGAAGAGCUGCGACGCCAGCAGGAGCAGCUGCGCUACGAGCAGGAGCGGAGAUCUGCCAUGAGGAGACCUUAUGAUCCUGACAGCAGGCGAGAUGAUCCGUACUGGCCCGAGGCGAAGCGGCUGGCGCUGGAGGAUCGCUACCACUCGGACUUUGGGCGGCAGGAUCGCUUCCACGACUUCGACCACAGGGACCGCGGCCGCUACCAGGAUCACUGCUUGGACAGGAGAGACUGUACAAGGGGAAUUCCAGAUCGAGACGGGCAGCACUACCCAGAUGAUCGGCACGGGGGGCCUGACCGUCACUCCCGGGACUCCUGGGGUGGCUACAGCUCUGACAGAAGGAUGAGUGAGGGAAGAGGGAUCCCCCCACAAACCCGAGAUGGACGUGACUGGGGAGAUCAUGGUCGAAAGUUAGAGGGGCAUCAAGAUCGUACAUGGCAGGGAAAUGUGGAUGGAGGAGUGAUGGGACGGGAUCAUGAGAGAUGGCAAGGUGGUGAUAGAAGCAUGCCUGGUCAAUCAGGACCAGGCCAUGGGAUGACUCGAGGAGGAACGUCAGGGCGUGGAGGCUUCACUGCAGCCGGGAGCCAGGGCCAGGUGCUGCAGGGCAGUGGGAUCCCAGGUGUGUUUGCAGGCCCAGAGAGGACAACCAGACUGAGUGAGCCCCGCUUCAGCCGCCGCUACUGACGGCGCUCGCUGUACAUUGAUGUAUUUUGGUUUUGUUUUUUUUUUUUUAAUUGCCACGUGACAGUGGUCGUGAGUUUUAUUAACCAGGGUCACCUUGAGUUUGUGAUUUAAAAAAAAAAAAAAAAUAUUAGCAAGACUGCUGCUGCACUGUAGCCAAAUACUGUGUCAACUUGGUUUGGGGUUUGUUGGUUUUGGUUUGGUUUUUUUUUUUGUUUGUUUGUUUGUAAUGAACAUGGUGUUGGUCAAGCAUCACUUUUAAGUUUCUGCAAGUGAAACAUUCCAUUUUUAAAAAUAAUAAAAUCGGUUUAUGGCUACUGUU